UUGACCACCAUCUUUGUUUAUUGGGUGGCGGAAGGAGAGAGUUACUGGAAUGAGAUCGAAAGUGAUGAUAACCUAGUGAUUUCAUGGCUAGCAAACGGAACUCUACCGCGACACAGAGUCCUACUGAGAAUUGGACAGAUGACCUACCUGUCUGCAAAUUGUCUGGGGUUGGUUUUCUUACUAAUCAAAGGUACAGAGAAGACGGUGGAAGAAGGGAAGAACAUGAAUUAGAAGACAGGAGUUUUCAUUUCAAUGUAGAUGACACAUAUCUCUAUGGAGUCUUUGAUGGUCAUGAUGGAACAAGGGCUUCAGAUUUUACUGUUCAGAGACUCCCUGCUGAGUUAUUACUUGGUCAGCUAACUGCUGAUAUGAAUGAUGAGCAGAUCAAGGGAGCUAUCAGGCAGGCAUUUAUUGUAGUCGAAAAAGGAUUCUUCCAGUCACUAGAUGAUGCUUUGGCUGAGAAGACAGAAAUUCAACUAUCAAUGCCUGAGGGUCUAAGUUCUUACGAAGCAUACCAACAGUUCCCAGAUGAGGUUGCCAGAAUGCAAGCCUUGCAAGAUGAGAUCAGUGGUGGCACUACUGCUGUGCUAGCCCUGAUUUUCCAAAAUAAACUCUUUGUGGCUAAUGUCGGUGACUCUAGAGCACUCUUAUGUAGAGAGACUCCUGAAGGAAAUCUUUCUGUUGUACAGCUGAGUGUUGACCAUGUCACAAGUAAUCAGGAUGAGCUUACUAGGCUGGCAAACCUGGGUCUGGACAUUCAGCAGAUAUUAAGGAAUCAUAGGAUCGGAAAUCAGGAGAACACUAGGAGCAUUGGAGACUAUUGUGUUAAGGGUGGCUACAAGGACUUUGAUAUUCUGAGUGUUGCUACUGAAGAACCUGUUAUAGCAGAGCCUCAUAUUUGUGGUGGCUUUCCAAUUGACGAAACCUUCUUCUGUCUGGUGCUGAUGUCAGAUGGUGUUUACGAGUCGAUCGAUGAAGCGUCAGAUGUAGAAACCAAUUCCAAUUUUGAUGUUGUUCGGCUGGUUACGGAAGAACUUCAAUGUCAGAAGAACCUGACUGGGGUGGCUCAAGCUGUUGUGGAUAGAGUGGGCAGGGCACACCACGACGCAUACAUGAACCAAAUGCCCAACUGCCAGAAGAGAGACGAUAUGACACUACUGAUUCGAAUUUUCAAAGAAGAGAUCGCCAAUAGUUUGAAGAGUCCAAGGGCACCUGGAAGACAGUCCGUCUCAGGGAUGCCCCCCAUGAGUCCCGGAGUGCUUCCAGUAUCUGUACCAUAUAACCCCUCCAAUCCCGUGACGGGGAGUACUCCUUCACUUUACAUACCGUCCGGAGUACAGACUAGACCAGCACCGACCGGAAACUCUCCGAGCCCAACGACGUCCACACCCACCAACUUAGUACCACAGGUGACCAUCUCACGGUCCGACACUCAGAGUUCCGCUUCAUCGGCCAGCGGAUCGCCUUCUGGUUCAUUUCCUCCCGAGCAUGCAGCUGUUUUGGGCGCGAGUAGUCAAGGUAUUGAUGGCGAAGGGGAAGGCAACGAACAGAGGCAAGGGACAGAAACCAACGAAGAAGCUAGGGUGAAACCGUAUGUCGAUUUCACUGAUUUCAAUCGCCAGGUUGAGGAACUUGGAGCGGAUCAUGUCUAUGGGUGGGACAAUCCUAAACCAGCGGCACCAACGACACCGGUGUAGAUCUUAGAAAUUUCGUCACGGAACAACUUGGAUUUUGAUCAUAGAAAAAUUUUCUUUGACCUGAGAACCGGAGCUCGAAAGUGCUAAAUGGUUCUUCCAGAGAGGGUAUCCCGUGCGUAGUUUAGACUUCUCGCGUGCGUUUUGUCCAUUCGCACAUUUUCACUUGGAUACUGACGGGAAGAAAAAGAGACUUUCUACGAACUUAGACAGCGAACUUCGUUUUCAAAAUAUGCUGGUUAAAUGUGGCAAUUGGACGAGUUUUGAUUAUAGCCUCGUGAAUCCUUUUGGUUUUCGAGGGAACAUUACCAAGGAGUAAUAUAAUACGAAUAGGAACACAUUUUCUACCACUUACAUAGUUGUACCUGUAAAUGACCAAUUUUACUCAUUAGUCGUAUUAAAUUUCAUUUCAUUUUCAAUUCAAA